AUGGCUGAUCCAAAUUGGGCAUAUCAUCCACCAGCCACAACUUAUUAUGCGGAUCAUUCUAUUGCAAAACCAAUCAUGAUUGGAGGCGUACAGCAGUCACAAGAAUCCGGACAUUCACCAAAAUCAGAAUCGUUUGGAGUUUCAGCCAGUGCGUUCAAUGGAAUGGUCGAUAAUUUGGUCGGAUCACCAUCAAACUCCCUCCCUCAACAAAGGAAUUACUUCUCCGGCGUUGCUAUAUCCCGGUCGCCAAAUGACCGAAAUGACGAUAAAGCAAUGGGUAACGGGAGUUAUGGUAUACCAAUUCCUAUAUCACAAGACGGUGUCCCACAGGGCACUCCUGACUUCCAGAUGACACCUUUUUUACAGCAAGGUGGUCAUUUGAUAGGUGGGAGCCCCACUGGGCCCUAUGCGGUCACUGGGAAUUGGUACGCCGGCGGACCAGGAAUCUUUUCCACCAUGCAACAAGCAGAUCAGUCGAACGGUAUGCCUGGCAUGGCCGCCGAGUUUGUUAACAGCGAGAAUGGAGUAACAACAGCGCCCAACGGCAUACAACAACCGCCGCCACUGAUAUCAGGGUCACCUCCGUUUGGCUAUCAUAACAUAGUGAAUUUAACAUCAAACUUUGGUGCAAUGAAUAUAGGCCCGCCGCCGCCUAUACAGCAACAAGAUCCGCAAAUGUACCAACAAGCUAUUCUUCAUGAGCCAAUUCAAGGAAUGCAACAGAAUGGAUUCGGUCAACAAGUUUUCUAUCCAGUGCAGAAUCAACGACCACUGCAGAACCAGAAUCAGCAACAACCGAUGAGCAACAACCAGAAUGGACAACAACAGUUCUUUGGUCACGGACCACCAACUAACGGUCCAUUGAUGAACGACUGGGGACAGCAGAGAUUUGGAGGACCACCACCACCGAACCAGCAAAACGGACAACAGCAACAACAGAAUGGUUUGCCACCAAACUUCUCUCACAAUCCACCAAGAAGGCGUGGCCCAGAAGAUCCAAACGGAGCACCAAGAACGCUUCAGGACAUUCGAGCUAAUGUGAUUGAAUAUGCCAAGGAUCAACAUGGCUCCAGAUUCAUCCAACAGAAAUUGGAACGUGCUUCUCCUCGUGACAAGGCUGUGAUUUUUACGCCAGUUCUGGAAAACGCCGAAGAGCUUAUGACAGAUGUUUUUGGAAACUAUGUGAUUCAGAAAUUCUUCGAAUUUGGAAACAAUGAGCAACGUAACCUGCUGGUCGGCACAAUUCGUGGCAACGUGAUGAAGCUUGCACUGCAGAUGUACGGAUGUCGUGUGAUUCAGAAGGCUCUGGAAUACGUCGAGGAGAAGUACCAACACGAGAUUCUCGGAGAAAUGGAAGGACAGGUGUUGAAAUGUGUCAAGGAUCAGAACGGCAAUCACGUUAUUCAAAAAGUGAUUGAACGCGUCGAGCCGGAACGUCUUCAGUUCAUAAUUGACGCGUUCACCAAGAAUAACAGUGACAAUGUCUACACACUGUCCGUCCAUCCAUACGGUUGCCGUGUCAUUCAACGUGUGCUCGAGUACUGCUCCGACGAUCAGAAACAGCCAGUGUUAGACGCUCUGCAUAUUCAUCUGAAGCAACUUGUUCUUGAUCAAUACGGAAACUACGUUAUCCAGCACGUCAUCGAGCAUGGAAGUGCAUCGGAUAAGGAAAAGAUCGUUCAGGAUGUUAUCUCUGAUGAUCUACUCAAGUUUGCCCAGCACAAGUUUGCUUCUAAUGUCAUCGAAAAGUGUCUGACUUAUGGUGGUCAUGCUGAAAGGAAUCUUAUCAUUGACAAAGUUUGUGGAGAUCCUAAUGAUCCAUCCCCUCCAUUGCUUCAAAUGAUGAAAGAUCCAUUUGCCAACUAUGUUGUUCAAAAAAUGCUUGACGUGGCUGAUCCACAGCAUCGCAAGAAGAUCACACUGACCAUCAAGCCGCAUAUUGCAACCCUGAGGAAAUACAAUUUUGGGAAGCAUAUCUUGCGUAAGUACCUCAAAAAGUGUAUCCAACUUCUCACCAAGUCUGAACGUGCCACAAUGCAGCGUGAAUUUAUGUACCUACUCAAUUACUUGGACGAGAAUGAAGACAACGACAACUAA